AUGGCUUGGCCGUUUCGUAGCCGCUGGGAAGGACGAGAAGUCGAAGAUGUGGAGCAGGGCCAGAGGACCAGAAGCAACGAACAGUCUAGCAGUGGCCCUGCACAGAUACUCGCCGCUAAGCUGAUGCUUCUGUUAGCGGCCACCUUCUUACUCGUGUCCCCGGCGUUGAAGUCCGACUGGGCCGUUUACGUCCUGCCCUACGCAGCGUUCCAGCUCCUGCUCCUCACGAUUCUCUUGAUAAAGGGCGUUUGCACAGACACCCCGCAACAGAAGGGCCGAAGUGUUCAGUUUCGGAUUUGGGCCCGGCUGCCAGUGGGGGAAGGCACGGAAGGGGGGCUCACUGCGGAGGGCGCAUCGGAUUGCAAGACGGUCAUCGAGCGGACCGAGCGGACCGGCGUGUCCUCGGCCAAGAUGGCUUGUGCGUGUCCGAGGCAUAUCUGGACGUCCGAGAGAGGCUACGAGAUCGACAUAGAUCGGAGCAAAAUGAGGAUAGCAAUGGCGUGGCGGACGUACUUUGACUCUGAUGGAGACGGUGAGCUGGACUUUAAGGAGUUCUGUACGGGCCUCGCCAGCUUCGGCUGGAGGGGCAACAUUCCCCAGCUGUGGAAAGAGUUGGGGUACAACGAGAACGGCACGAUGAACCUGGAGGCUUUAGAUCCGGAGCAUGCUGCUUAUCUGGAGGCUUUCAGCCAGUGGUGCUCCAGAACCCGUGGGGGACCUGCAGAGGUCUUCCGGGAAAUUGACCUGGAGGGCAGCGGGACCGUGGGCCAGGGCGAAUUCGUCAAGGGCCUGACGGCGCUAGGGUUCUUCGACGACGAGACCAUCCCAGAGGGCAUCCGAACAGAGGAGCUUCUCCUCCAAAACCUCUACCCGUUGAUUGUGACGGGUCAUUGCAUCAGCAUCGAUGACCUUCUCUUCUUGGAGAAGGACAAGGUCAAGCGCGCCAAGAUUAUCCGUCAGCUGCAGCGGAUCCGGGACCAGGGCAUUGAGGCCGGACCCGAGCCUUUGCGCAACGAAGGGCAGCAAAUGCUCUUCAAGCUGUCCAUGUCCACGACGCAGCUGGGAGGAAAGCACUGGAAGGGCGUGAAGUCCAAAGUGGCUCGCGGGGCAGGAAGCAUGCCCGAUUCCCCAAACUUCCGGCCCAACCUGACGUGGCUCGAUCAGAUUUCCUUGGCCCGUGCUCCGAAAUCGCCAGGGCUGACGUCUUCGGCUUCCGCGCCCUCUCUACCAAAGUUGCCUGGGAGGGCUUCUACUUCGCCUGCCGGCACCCGGAAGCCCCGCAGCAUGACAUUGGAUCCCUUGCCGGCCCCGAUGAUGGUCCCGCUGCUGCCGCUGCCGUCCUUGCCGCUCGCCCCCCGCAGCAAACCCAAGGGAGCGCUCAGCAGAAGUUCCCCUUCCAUCUCGAAAAGCGUGUCUUUCUCGGAGACACGGCAACUGAAGCAAAGACGCAUUGAAAUGCUCGCUGCGGUUGCGAUCCAGUCAUGGUCACAAAGUCUAGAUCUGCGGCCGCUCAAGCGCAACGAAUUUCUGGACCAGUGUCUUCUCAGUGGCCUUCUGGAAGUUGGACGGCCGGAGUCGGGUCAGCUGGGUACCGAAGGGCCUGUUUUUGACCCAGUGGCAUUAUCGCAGGAGGACCAGGUGUUCGAGAAGGGCCUCCUUGACAUGUCGAUCAACAUAGGUCGCCUGGGCCUGCUGGCAGCGGCCAUUGGCGCUGAAGCAGACCUCGAAGAUGAUGUCAACGAGGAGGAGCUCCUCAUGAGCCUGUGGUACUUGAAGAAGCGGCGCGGGCGGCACCAUAGCUUUCCCACACGUGUGAAGGGGCGUCGCUACUUCCCAAUCCCGCGGCCAAGUUCUGUCCGGCUUUGA